AUGCUUUACUUUAUUUUUAUAGCAAUUGCAUUAUCAAAGAAUGCAAAGAUGGAUAUUAAUUUAACAAUAGGGUUAGAUUUUUCAGACAAUUCCUAUAUGGAAUUCUUUGGCAAUUUUUCAAAACACUAUGAUGAAUUGUAAUAGAAUGGAUUAAAAUUGAAUAUUGCCCAACAUCUUUUACCUUGCUACAGUUGUUACACGCGUCAUCAAUUCAAGGAGCAAGAAAAACAUUGUUUAGGAGGAGGUCGAUAUUGCUAGUAUUCUGACUAUGUAUCUGGGUAGACCAUUUUGAAAGAAUUUUUACUUUAACAGUGUGUGUUGGAAGUAUUACCACAACAUUAUCUUAAUUAUACAAUCUACUUUGGAUAACAAUGUAAGAAAUCAUCAAUGGUUGCCUGUUCUAAGAAUUAUUUUACUAAUCAUAACAUAUCAACUGAAGCAAUAAAUAAAUGUAUUGAGGAUAGUUUUGAUAAAAGUGAAGUAGUAAAUUAAGAAAUUAAGACAAAUCGCAUAUUAGAAUAGUACAAAAAAAUGGAAUAUAAUUAAACAUCAUUUUCCUUGUAUUUGGAUUCUUCAGACUAAACUGAUUUAACAUAUAAUGAAUUCCUUUAAAAGUUGUGCUAAAAGUAUACCAAUGUGUCAAUAUCGUUUUGUGAUCAUGCCGAAACACCUGUUAAAUAGGUUGAGAAUGCGAAUGCGAAUGCGAAUACGAGUACAAAUGCAAAUCCAUUGGAGUAAGUGUUUUUAUUCAUUUUUGCCUUGAUUAUUCUGAUAAUUGCUGGUUCUGGAGGAUGGACAUUAUUGAAUAAGAUUCAAUUUGGAUCAAGCUUAGUUCCUAAGAGUAGGAUAGCUAUUCCUAAAUUAGAAGGUGAUCACAUCAUCUAAGAGGAUGACAUUUGAUAUUUGUUAAUAUUAUCAAUUAUAUUGUGUAUGAUUACA